AAGAAUUCACAUAUCGAGAUUUUGUUUAGUCCCAAUGGCGUCAAACACCAGCAACGACAAUUUCCAACAUAGACCUCGGCAAAGAAACGGACCACCUCCGCCGCGGCGACAAGGAAGAAAUCCACCGCCUCCGUCAUCGUCAACGCGAACUUCUCAGAACCAGCCACAACAACAGACGCCGCAAGAGAAGAAGAAACCAGUGUUCGUGAAGGUAGAUCAGCUUAAACCAGGAACGAGCGGCCACACUUUGACCGUUAAAGUCGUCGAUCAGAAUUCCGUACCUCAGAAGCCUGGAGCUGCUUCUUCUCAUCUCCGACCUGCUCGGAUCUCUGAGUGUCUCGUUGGAGAUGAGACUGCUUGCAUCCUCUUCACUGCUCGCAACGAUCAAGUGGACUUGAUGAGACCAGGAGCUACUGUGAAUCUUCGGAAUGCAAAGAUAGAUAUGUUCAAGGGAUCAAUGAGGCUUGCUGUUGACAAAUGGGGUCGCAUCGAGGUCACUGAACCGGUUGACAUUACUGUUAAAGAAGACAACAAUUUGUCUCUUGUGGAGUACGAGCUCGUCAAUGUCGUUGAGGAAUGAUCUCUGGCCCCAUGUCUCUAAUAGGUGAUAUAUCAAGCGCCACAAUGAAUUUUGUUUUGGGGUGAACACCGUGCGGGUUAAAUAUAUUUAUCUUAUGAUGUUGCAAGUUUGCUAUAUUUAUCUACCGGUUGAUUUGUGUUGAUCUCGGGUUUGGUAUUAUCGGUAUGUACGCUUUCAGCUGUGGAUGCUUUUGUAACCUCUCGGCUUUUGUAUGGUCCUUGAAGAGAAGGUUAAUGAAAAAAUUGGUGAAAA